UGUAGUGACGGAAAUGCAUUUUUCAGUAACACACACUGUGCGAGCAAUGCUGUCAUAUCCGCUGCCCGCCGCGGCGACGUGAGUGUUGUGGGCCUCACCGCGAGCACGUUUUUGACGCUUGUUUCUGUUGUUGUGUCGUGGUGCGUUCCAACAUUUUCACAGGUUUCAAAAACUGCGACGCCACCUCCGCGGCUGCAGCAUGGCACCCGUAGUGCUGCGCUACGGUUUUAGGAAAGUGGCCGGGAUCGACGAAUAUUUCCGUGCUAGUGCGCUUGAGAAGGGCCGAAAGUUGUGCGCUGCGAAGUACGCUUACGACGUCGAGGAGACCCUGGAACGCUUUGAUGGCGAUUCACAAGUGGUGGCGAAAUGCCACUCGCAAGUGCGUCAAGCUACGUACGACGUCAACAUUCAGCUGUCAUCGCAGCGGCGAAUACUGGGUGCGCAGUGCACGUGCAAGGCCGGCCUUGGUGGCGGUUGCAAACAUGUAGCUGCCGUCGUCCUGUUCGUCAACGAGGCCGACGCGCCGUCUUCGACUGAUCGCCCUCAAGGGUGGGGUCGGCCGUCCUCUAAGCCGGACACUUCUCGAAGGGAGUCCAUCGAAGAGCUUUUUGGAGUUGGCACAAAGAAAGGUCGGUGAGGAUAUCAAGCUCCAUCGCACACCGCAUCCUGACUAGGCAAAAGGCCUUCGAGUCCCUGGCCGAGCAGCUGCAGAACUCCAAAACACCACUUGUUCCGGCGCUGAUGUAUGGUACUGCUAUGGAACCAACAGCAAGGGCAACAUUCGAGAAAAAAAUUGGUGCCAAAGUAACCCAGGUUGGCGUUGUGAUUCACCCCUGUCAGCCAUGGCUUUGUGCAAGUCCCGAUGGCCUUUUCCAAACAACCAGCGGUGUUGUUUUGCUUGAAAUCAAGUGCCCCUACAGUCGUAAAGAUGACAUAAUCAUAGAUCAUGCUCUGUGCGAAAGCUACGUUAGCUAUGUGACAUAUCAUGAUGGAAUGCUUCAGUUGCCUCGCAGCCACCCAUAUUAUUCACAGGUUCAGGUUGCCAUGUAUGUCACUAACACUACAGAAUGUUUCUUUUUUGUUUAUACAAGCAAGCAAGAUAUUACUAUAGUUGUUGACAGAGAUGAAGACUUCCUUGCUCGAAACAUUCCUCGGUUGGAGGCGUUUUAUUAUUCAUACUACAUUAAGCAGCUCCUGCGUUAGACCAGAUUCCUGCUUGCAGAAAGUAAGUUUGCUCUUAAAGGUACAUACAGCUGCUCAGCACAUGAAAUCAGAUAACCCUGCUUAUGGAAUGAUUCCCUAUCAUAGUGGCUUAAACAAGCCAUGUUUCUCUCAUUAAAUUUGGAAAUUUACUUUUUUAACCUAUCACUAAAAGUCGCGAAAAAUGACCUUUCGCGCACCACAUGGCACACACAUGAAGCUGCAUAAGAGCUCUGCCACGUGACCUUCUACUAGUGUACGCGGUUACUGGUCUUUUUAUUAGUACUGAAAUGCAGUAUACUUCCUAUUACGUGUUUUUCCUGACUUACAGUGUGCAGAUUUACUGAUUACAGUGUGCAGAGUUGGCCCACUUGUGGCAUAGUUGAUGUCAUAUUGUAUCUCAUAGGGGGGACCACAGAACUUGGGUUACUUGCAUGCAAAUUCGCGUGUGUACAAAAGCAUCUAUGUGUACCAUUAUGCAUGCCUUUUUUACCUUGUAAUACUCACAGAUUAAAGUGCCUGUGGUUUUCAGGCAGGUAAAGCACAAAUAAAAAACAGACAGCGGAAAGAAUGACAAUACAUUGUGAUUGCCAUACAUGCCUUACCAAAACGUGUUACUGUCUCGACCUUCCACUGUGCCAGCUAGCUUGGAUACAGACCCUAGGUCUGUGUAAUAUAAAGGCUGAUGUGUAAAUUAUGCUGCACUUAUUAACAGCUCAAUUACCUACAGUGUGUUAGUAUCAAGGUUUCACCUCCAGUGAGUGACAAAGUGUUUUUCGAUUUCUGUGCCAAUUUAAAAUUAUAAUAGCUACUUAAAACAUGUACAGCAUCCUUGUUUCUAUCAAUAUAAAUCAUCGUCUUUUCCUUUGCACCAUUUCAUGACACAUUUUUUGCACUUGUUGGCCCUUUAAGGAAGUUGCUAGUGUUAAACACUGUUGAGCUACCUGAUGGCAAAAGCUGGUUUUAGUCUGAAAUCUUCCUCUGAAAUUGCCUGGCUUUCAGGAACUUGCAAGUGAACAGCAAUGCUUUAUUACCACCAAUUUCUUUGCUUAUUGUCGCUUUAUAACUGCAACAUGAAAGACUGCAUCAAAAAGAUCCCGAACGUCUGCCAUGGCUUUUACAUGUCCAUUCUGUCACUGAAGGAGUUGCAGUGAUUCUUUCAGUUGUAUCUGUAAGCUUGCACUGUAUUUCCUUAUUGAGAGCCUCUGCUGUUGCACAGUUGAGGCUAGUUCACAGUUGCAGUGUUUAAGCCAUUUUUGAUGCCUGUAGUGAAUGUAGCCUUGAGGCACUGUCGACCUGAUCACGUCUCCUUUAGUUUUAAUUGAUGUCUCCCAUGUUUUUGUGUGUGUUUGUAUGGUGGUUGAGAGCCACACCAUAGCUUCUUAGAUAUGUUUGCAAAUUUGUUCAGCCUAGUGCUGUCCCCUUGCUUUACAAUUUCUCAUCCAAGUUUAUAAUUUCAGAGUCGCAGAUAAAGCUGCUAGCUUUCCUGGUGACCUGGGCACUACUAUGUUAGCUGGCUAAAAUAUCACUGCUAUGAGCAGUUUCUUCAGUGUCAUACUGCACUUAAUGUUCUAAAAAUAAAGCAUAGUAAUUUAUUUCUGUAUGGUGCUUGCCUGCAAAACAGCCGUAUUGUGUUUGCAAGCUAGGCACAUAAGUCUACACAUGUUUACACGAAUGGAUUGGUCCGCUUUUUAUUAUUGCCAAAAAUGAUUAAAAACAUACAUGACCGGAAUAUUUUUCAAAAUCUCUGUGGGGAAGUUGGCCUUUAAAUAUUACAAUUUUGUAAAAGGUGGUAGCAGUGCUUAUGCCAAAAAUAUGUUUGAUACUCUGUGCUUGUGUAUCACAGUGAAAAUAAAGCACCUUACUUUGU